GAGAGCUCUAAUUCUUUGGACUAUAUUGUUCUGCACCUGCUCUCUGAGGCUAGCACAAGCACAAGAUGUGGAUAUCCUGCAGCGUCUUGGGCUUUUUUGGCGAAGGUCAGGCAUGUCCACUCAGUCCAUUCCUACUGGCGUCAUCCCCUUCAAGUCCGGCGUCAUCCUCACUCCAAGAGCACGCGUCCAGGCGCCUCUGCGCUCUGUUGUCCCCGCCUCCUUCAACGCCACCAGCUUCUCCGUGACCCUCAGCCUGUCUGUUCAUCGCUUCAACAGCGCCUUUCUGUUCUCAGUCCUGUCCAAGAAGAGGAAAGUGCAGCUCGGACUGCAGUUCCUACCAGGAAGCGUACGUCUCCACGUUGGACAGAAAGCCUACGUGAGUUUGGACUACAACGUCUACGAUGGCCAGUGGCAUCAUUUUGCUUUGGAUAUUGGAGGCCGUCGAGUAUCCUUGCACACAUCUUGUGGUAAAAAGAGUCUGUAUGUGGAUUUGUCCUCUAAAAAGGAGGCGGUAUUGGAUCCAGAUGGUUCCUUCCUGCUGGGCAAAAUGAACCACAAUUCAGUGGCAUUUGAAGGUGCCAUUUGUCAGUUUGACAUUUAUCCCUCUGCUAAGGCAGCUCAGAACUAUUGUGAUUAUAUUAAGAAACACUGCAGAGAAGCCGACACCUAUCGGCCUGUGUUUUCUCCCAUGCUACCUCUUUUUUCAGACCCAAAUAUGACUUUUUCUCACAUAAAUCCACUACCAUUGACAGAGAGACCAAAAGGAGCACAGUUGACUGCUUUGACCAGGACUGCAGUUCUUCCAACUGAGCUCUCGAUGCUGAACAACACGUCUGGGUAUCCGACUGCAAGCUCUACGAAACCCGGUGCUGUUUCGGUUUCUCCCUCAGUUCAUCCAGAACUGGAAAGUCCGUUCAGAGUUUUAACUCGGACUGUUACUGCACCACUUUGGAUAAGCACAAGCACACCAAAUCCAAAAUUACAUUUGCACACCAGAAAGUACGCAAAGCAGAGGAACUCUUCAAAAUCUUCUGGGAAACAAAGAGCUUCACCUGUUUCCACCAAACCCUCUGAGACGAAAACAAACUUUUGGACCAAGGCUGCCCCCACACAGGGGUCUCCUUCAAACAGCCCCCAGCAAAAGGAGUUUGCCACAGUGGCUCUAAGGAAACCUGAGCCAGAAGUGACCAAUGUGCAGGACUUCGAACCAACCACCCCUGCUUCAACAGAUGGUUUGCAAACAUUUGACCUGGAGCCGACCCAGUUCUCACUCCUUGCCGGACCGACUUGUCUAAAGGGAGAACCAGGACCACCGGGCCCUCAAGGAUUUCCAGGCUUGCCAGGAAAACCAGGCAAAAGGGGCCCCAGGGGUUCUCCUGGUCCUCAUGGAAAUCCUGGUCAUCCUGGACCUCCUGGAAUGAAGGGACAAAAAGGAGAUCCUGGACUGUCCCCUGGUCAAGCCCUAAAAGGACAAAAAGGAGAACAUGGCGUAAUGGGCCUCCCAGGACUGCCUGGCCAAAAUGGACGAAAGGGACAAAAAGGCUAUCCUGGUCCUGCUGGUCUCCCAGGUGAACCCGGUGAACGGGGAGAUGAUGGAAGCCCGGGGGCCAAAGGCUAUCCUGGCAGGCAGGGCUUCCCUGGGCCUAUAGGAGGAACAGGACCGAAAGGAACUGGGGGUCACAUUGGCAUCCCUGGGCUUUUUGGCUUUCCUGGUCCUGACGGGGAGAGAGGUAUUCCUGGUGUACACGGGAAGAAGGGGAAGAUGGGUAGGCCGGGAUUUCCUGGUGACUUUGGAGAGAGAGGACCUCCUGGCCCUGAUGGGAACCCAGGUGAGCUGGGAGCUCCUGGCCCGUGUGGAGUCAAUGGACUUAUUGGAGACAUGGGUCCUGCUGGCAUAAUGGGGGUACCAGGACUUCCAGGACUCAAGGGAGUACCUGGAAAUCCAGGGGAAACAGGACUGAAAGGUGAUAAGGGUGAUGUUGGCUUACCAGGAGAACAAGGGGAGCGAGGAUUCAAAGGUGACAAGGGCACCCGUGGCUCACCAGGGUUGCGAGGUCUUCGUGGAAAACCUGGACCCCAGGGUAAACACGGUGAUAAAGGCCCCGAUGGUACACAUGGUCCUCCUGGCCCAGAAGGCUUCCCGGGUGACAUUGGCCCACCAGGACAAAACGGCCCUGAGGGACCGAAGGGACAUGAAGGGAUGAGAGGUUUACCAGGCCCGGCAGGAAAACCUGGCCCUCAGGGUGAUGAGGGACCAGUCGGGCCAGCAGGACCUGCCGGAGCUGAGGGCAGGCCUGGGAGGCAGGGAUUCCCUGGACCGACAGGCCCAGAUGGACCCAAGGGCGAGAUGGGAAUGACUGGCGAGGUCGGGAAGCUUGGCGAGAAGGGGCUGCCAGGUUUCAUCGGGCCUGUUGGAGAAUCGGGCAUCGCCGGAGAAAAGGGGGAUCGAGGUAAAACGGGUGUCCCUGGGCCUCCAGGUGAACCAGGUCCGAUGGGUCACACUGGAAUACCUGGAGAGGCAGGACCACCUGGACCACAGGGGAUCCCAGGGCCUCUUGGUUCGCGAGGAUCUGCUGGCAUUAGGGGACCCAAAGGCAGGAGGGGUCCAAGAGGUCCUGAUGGUCCCGUUGGAGAAAGAGGGUCUGCAGGGAUCAAGGGUUCUGAUGGUCCACCCGGAAAAUCCGGGCUCCCAGGGGAGAUGGGAAAGCUUGGUGAACCGGGUGAAGCUGGGUCAAAGGGGUUUCAAGGUGUUCAGGGCCCCUCGGGACCUCCAGGAACCAAAGGAAUUGCUGGAGAACCAGGACCAGCAGGACCAGCAGGAGGGACCGGGCCACUGGGGGCGAUGGGGCCGAUGGGACCCCCUGGUAAACUCGGAGAGCGAGGACCGCCUGGUGAACCUGGAGAGAAGGGUUCUGUUGGUCCACCUGGCACCAUUGGGGAGCAUGGUUUGAUUGGCCAAAGGGGUGAGGUGGGCAUGGACGGAGACGGUGGACCAAGUGGACCUAACGGAGUAAAGGGGGAGAAGGGAGAGCCUGGCCCAGAGGCUGACCCUGGAGACAGAGGUGAAAUUGGCCUGAAAGGAAAGGAAGGCCCACCGGGCCCACCUGGAUUUGUGGGGGUGAGGGGUCAGGAGGGCAAACCUGGCAAAAUUGGGGAAGGCGGAAAGCCGGGGGAAAAGGGGGGCAAAGGUCAGCAAGGCCAUUUAGGUGAGACUGGGCCAGUCGGUGAUCCGGGGGAGCUGGGGUUUGUUGGGCAGAAAGGAGCGAGGGGCACCAUCGGGCCGGUGGGCCACAUGGGACGACCAGGUUCAGCUGGACCUCCUGGAUCAAAGGGUGAAAAGGGAGAACAUGGAGAUGACAGUAAGGCAGAGGGCCUUCCAGGUCCCCAAGGUGACAGAGGUCCUCCUGGAGUCAGAGGAGAAAGAGGAGAGCCAGGUGACACGGGACACUUUGGUCAAACAGGCAUCAGUGGACUGAGGGGUGAAACUGGGGCUCCAGGUCUUCCUGGACAUCCUGGGACUAAAGGACAACCAGGACUGAAAGGACCCAAAGGCGAUCAAGGUUUGAAAGGAAAACCAGGACCAGCAGGUGCAUCUGGAACCAAAGGACCACCGGGUCCAGAGGGCCCUUCCGGUCCAUAUGGGGUCCUAGGCAGGGAAGGACUUGAGGGCCCACCUGGAAUGGAUGGCACACCUGGAACAGAUGGAAGUAAAGGAGUCAAAGGAGAUCAAGGAGAAGACGCAGAACUGGGUUUAACUGGAAAACCUGGGCAGCCGGGCGCGAAAGGUGUGACGGGACUGCCAGGAAGCCAAGGCUCCAUUGGUCAGAAGGGAGAGAGAGGCUUGCCGGGCCAGACUGGUCCGGCAGGAAAGAGAGGCUCUGUCGGCGUGAUGGGAAUGCCUGGAAAACCAGGAGACCCGGGACCUAAAGGGCAACAGGGGGAUGGUGGUGACCAGGGUUUCCCAGGGGCGAUGGGCUUGUAUGGACCGAAGGGCCCCCCAGGAGACACCGCCCCAGCAGGAAUACAGGGACCAAGAGGACCACGAGGACUGAUGGGUGUGAAAGGAGCUCUGGGCCCCGUCGGCAUCAUUGGGCCCAGCGGUCAUCCUGGACCCCAGGGUGACAAAGGAAGUCGGGGGGAGACGGGAUUGCAGGGACCAAGAGGGUCUCCUGGUCCUCAAGGGCCACCUGGACCACCAGGUCUCCCCAGUUCUGCUUUGUUACUGAAAAAUGAAGCUCUUGGUGCUGCUUUUGAAAUCCUCCUCGAUUCUCAUUCUCCUCUAAAACAAGAGAAUUUUCCAAGCCUGGACCUGCCCAUGUUAGACCAGGGCACAGAGGUCCUAAAGACCCUCCAGCAUCUCAGCACGCUUGUCCAAAGCCUGAGGAACCCACUGGGAACCCGAGACAAUCCUGCUCGAAUCUGCAGAGACCUGUACAACUGUGAGCAGCGGGUGCACGACGGUUCUUACUGGAUCGAUCCAAACCUCGGCUGCAGCGCUGACAGAAUCAAGGUCGUGUGUAACUUCACUGUUGGAGGACAGACUUGCCUUAAACCCAUCACAGUUUCCAAGUUGGAGAUGGGAGUGGGUCGCAUCCAGAUGAACUUCAUCCACCUGUUGAGCACGGAGGCCGUGCAGCACAUCAUCAUUCACUGCCUGAACGUGACCGUGUGGGCAGCAGGACCCUCGGAGAGACCUUCAUCCAAGGCUGUGAGCUUCAAGGCCUGGUCAGGGGAGAGGAUUCAGCCAGGAGACCUGCUGGAGCCUCUUGUGCCCAGGGACGACUGCUGGAUCAAAGAUGGACGCUGGCAUCAGACACACUUCGUCUUCCAAAGCCAGGACCCAAACUUGCUCCCUAUAGUGGACGUGCAGGACCUGCCGACCACAGAACCCGGUGCACGCUUUCACCUGGAGGUCAGACCUGUGUGCUUCCUGUGAGGACCCCGCCGCCGGGGCCCAAAGUGCUCCUCACAGGAGUGACAGCCUUGAAGUUUUGUUCUGGGGAGACUGACGCUUCAACCUGAUGAAAUAUGCUCGGACUGCAGAAACAGGAGAGGCACCAGAGAAAACGUCUGGCUCUUGUCAGCCGAUAGAAAACAAUAAUGAGCUCUUUUUUCAGACACUUUGGUGAUCUGAGACCUGACUGACUCCUGUGGAAGAAAGUUGAACAUAUUCUACUUUCAUCUCUGACCAUGUUGUAUCAGAUUUUUAUUCACGGUCUCAUACUUGGAUUUGAGGAAAAAAAUUGUACAUAUAAAACCGGAACAUCUGCAAAUUUAACACAUUUUCAAGUUUUGCAGCAUUAUUUAUACAUGAACUGUAUAUCGUGCUAUGAAGUGCAAUGGGUGUUAUUUUACAGCCUUAAAGAUUUCGACAGUAUUAAAGUCUCCGCACUCCUUCGGGUAUGGAGUGUGCCUCAAACGGGAAGACUCCAGGUAAUCGUGGUGCUGUUUGUGCAGAAAUGUUCACGCCGUCGUCGCAGAGUGAACGUGGAAGCCGAGAUUUCCAGAGUCUGUCGAGCUGCUACCUCGCUCCGCACCUCUAAUCUGACGGCAAACAAAAAAAAGCUGUGACCUGAUCUAAUCUGGGACGAAACGGAGGCGACGCCUGGUGCUGCGACGGCUGAUAAACUCCUUGUCAGCUCGCUUCAAACAUCUGUGCUUUAAAAACAAAGGGAAUAAUGUCAUAUUUACACAUGGACCUGAUCGUUACUUUUAUGUUCUGCAAGAUUCUGACACUAUAAGUUAAUUUUGUCUUGUCGAAGUGUAACUGUAUAAAUAUGCAAACGUUUUUUUUAUGAGCAGGUUUUAUUUAAAUAUUUGAGUUCUGUUCAGCUCGUCACCUCAAAAACCAAACAAAACAGGGUGUUUUCAGUCCAUCACUGCUCAUUUAGAGCUUUAAAUAUGAUUGGUCACACCAAUCUGUAAACUCAGAGGAUUUCAGAUUAUUAUCACGGUACAUAAGCUCACGGUGUUCAGUGUACAGAUGUUUUUGGAUGAAUGAUGUCAAACGACUCCACAGGUAAUUCAAUAAAAGUCUGAAACUUUG